AUGUUGUCAUUUCUACUCGUGACCUUGUGGCUGAUUAGCAGCGUCUGGUCCGCGCCGGGGGACUUCCUUCCCGAGAGUGCCUUGGGUUCCGAUGCUGCGCAGGCGAACUACUACUGGUCCUUCUGGCAGGAGGGUGGUGGGAGCCACAACUGCAACAAUGGCGCCGGAGGUUCCUACACCGCGAAGUGGUCGGGAGGAGGCGGUUUUGUCUGCGGAAAGGGGUGGAGCCCGGGCGGAUCGAGGACAGUCAAGUACAGCGGGACGUACCAUCCCACGGGCCCGGGCUACCUGUCGCUGUACGGGUGGACGCGCAACCCGCUAGUGGAGUACUACAUCGUGGACGCGCACGGGGACCUGACGCCCGGCGAGCCGUGGACGGCCCGGGGCAACUUCACGGCGGACGGCGAGGGCACGUACCUGCUGUACACCAGCACGCGCGUCAACAAGCCCAGCAUCGUCGGCACCGCCACCUUCCAGCAGUUCUGGAGCGUGCGCGCCGACCAGCGCGUCGGCGGCACCAUCACCACGAGCAAGCACUUCGACGCCUGGGCCCGCGCCGGCAUGCGCCUCGGCGCCCACGACUACAUGAUCCUGGCUACCGAGGGCUACACGGCUGCGGGCGGGGGCGGGAGCAGUGGGAAUGCGAGCAUCACGUUGGAGUGA